GUUCCGGGGCGAGGUCACCGGAGGUUGAUGGCGAGCACCACCGCCGCGAUGACCCCCAGCAGCGUGAGGAAGGGCAGCCACGUCUUCAGGAAGCCGGCGCAGCUGGGAAACGAUCAAUGCAAAUCUGGAGACUUCACGAGGAGAACCAGCAGGCACAGCUUGACCAUGUUCCACGACGUGCUGUCGUCGUAGCGCAUCAGGUUGAGCGCCAUGGCGACGUGCGAGUGGCAGUUGUCGCAACACAGGUCAUGCCCGCGAGUUUUUCCCCGCUUCACUUCCGUUUGCGAGUUCGACGCCCCCGCCCCUCUUCUUCAUCUGUUGCAUAUUUCUUAUCUGGGCGUGAAAGACGGGAGCAAGCGGGGCGGACGGACGGACGGAGGGUCGGAGCUGUUUUGUGGCGGAACAAAAAAAAAAAAAAAAGCACCCGAAACGCUCGCCGCAGCCGCCGCCAUGACGACCAUCGUGAUGGAGCGCAUCGGCCGCCUCUUCAUCAGCCUCCAGCACAUCAAGCAGGUCCCCCGCCUCCUGACCUCCGAGGCAUCGCCCUCCAUGCCCGGCACCGUGCGCGACGCCGAGGUGCCCCACUUCUUCCGCGAGCGCUACGUGCGCGCCGGCUACCGGCCCCUCCACCAACGCUGGGGCUACUACUUCCUGUCCGCCUUCCGCCGCCACAACGAGACGGUCAACAUCUGGACGCACCUGCUCGCCCUCCUGGCUCUCCUGGCCAAGAUGAGCCACGUGGCGCAGACGGUGGAUUUGGUCCGGGACCGGCACGCGUGGCCGCUGCUGAUCCUCAUCCUGUCCGCGCUCAACUACACGGCGUGGAGCGUGGCGGCGCACCUCCUGGGCGGCAAGUCUGAGAUGUGCCACUACGCCUUCUUCUUCCUGGACUACGUGGGCGUGGCGCAGUACCAGUACGGCAGCGCGGUGGUGCACUACUACUACGCCGUCGAGGAAGGGUUGCACCGGCGCGCGGGUGCCGUCUUCAUGCCCGUGGCAGCGCUGCUCAGCUGGCUCUCGUGUCUGGGAUGCUGCUACGAUCCACGCCUCGUACCUGGACUACGGCGAGCGUCGGCGCGUGUACUCGCGGCUCCACGCCGCGGACGACGCGGCGCUCUUCGCCGCCCUCUACGCGCUGACGCUGCUCGUGUGCGUGCUCAUCGCCGCCUUCAUGCUGAGCAAGGCCAAGCGUCUCCUGGACCGGCAGGACAAAUCCGAGUGAAAACAAGAACUAAUGAGUUACGUGCACUGAUACCUGGAGUACUACUGCAAAAUAUCAGGACCGCUGCUUUUACAUUUCCUUCCGCGUGCGGUCACGUGAGCCCGCUGGUGGACAAGCAGACCGCGGAAAAAGGAGGAAGAGAAGGUGCAGGACGAAGAAAAAUGGGGAUUAAACUGUACUACACCACUGUAACUGCCUCACGGACGAUCAAGUCCCAGCAGUCGGACGUGAUGCGCAUCUUGGACAGCAAAAACAUCCAGUACGAGCUGGUCGACAUCUCGGUGGGCGGCGAGCUGCGCGACGAGAUGCGUAGCAAAGCGGGCAACCCGGCGGCUGUCCCGCCGCAACUCUUCAACGAGGACCAGUACUGCGGGGAUUUCGAAAUGUUCUCCGAGGCGGUGGAGGCGGACACGGUGACCCAGUUCCUGAAACUGGCGUGAAUGGCGGCGACCCCCCAUCGCCCGUCAACCGCACUGAAGCCCCCCACCCCGCCCACCACUUUGACUUUCAUCGAAUGCCAUAACGAAGAAUGCCAAAUAUCCUCAAAAGUACGUCUUUUCUUUCAGCGCAGGCGUCAGCCGAGCCCGUCUUGAAAUCGAUCCGCCGUUUUAAGUCUUAACGAUCCGGUCUUGGUCCUGGAGCCGCGUUCCCGUGCUACUUUUGCGAGGUUAAACGAUUAAAAAAAAAAAAAAAAUACAGUCUGGGACAAUUGGUGGCCAUUUUUGUAAAAUCCUGAUCUCAAUAUAGGAAGUCUUAAUAAUAAUAAUACUACACUUAUUUCAGAAAUUGUUAGCUCAGUUAGUUUUUUUUUUUGCUAGUUUACAGUUUUGUUUUGUUUUGGUUUUUUUUCCCUUUUAAUACACCAUUCCGCUUACUCCAAAUCGUAGCACUUUUUUUGGGCCGUACCACUUUUGGAGUUUCCCCCGACAGAAUUACAGACGGAAUUUUUUCGUCACGUCCUCAGCGUUGGCUUGCAUAUCCAGACGGGCCAGAAAUGUGAUUUAAAAAAAAAAAAAAAUUCUUUGGUCAGAAUAUUUCAGAAUGUCACGAGCUGUUUUGAACUUUUUUUUUUUUUUUUUGGUAAUGUUGACCACAAAUGACCAAAAAAAAUGACACCACUUGUAGUGUUGGACCUUGUAGCCGGAACUAGUAACGCAGUACUGGUGUGUUUAAAUGGCCGUCUCACCAUAAGGAGGCUUCGUUCUUUUUUUAUUUUAUUUUUUUAAUUGUAAUUUUUGUGUGUGUGCGUGUAUCGACGUUAUGAUUAUAGGUCAGUUUACCUCACGGGAGGCACAUUUCAAGUUGAUUUUUGGGAUGGGGCACGACGACGAGCCCGCGUUUGUCCGACGGCGUUUGCGUUUUUGUAUGUUAGUCCGGUCGCGGUCGUGUUUUUUUUGUUUUUGUUUUUUUUUUUCUCCUCCGUUCGCAUUCCACGUCUGAGCUCUUUUGCGUUUGGACCGACUUCCCCUCGGCCAAAACGGCGACAGGUAGACGAAAAGCAGGGGAUGGAGCGCUGUUGUCUUCCAAGAAGAUUGCGAUAUGUGACGAGCGGGUUUGAAAAUUUGAAAAAUGAAGUGGAAUCAAAGUUUUGAGUUGAUUUUUAUGAUUGUCUCAGUUAUAUCUACAUGUUAUGUUUAUGAAAUUGAAAAUAAAUGUGAUUAUUCAUUUGGA